ACUACUUAGACUUUAAGUUAAAAUUAAACAAUUCUAUAAACAAUAAAAAUGAUUAUUCAAACGUCUCAGAUGAAAUGAAAUAUGAUAUAAUUCAAAUUUAUAUAACAGAAUUGUUUGUUUUAGAAAGAAAAGUUGGUGUUGAAAAAUCAUUUGAAAAAGCUCCUAAAUUGUUUGAGUUGUUUAAUCAAUUUUUCGUUAGCAAUGCCAUUGUUGGUCACAAUGUUAGCACUAACAACAAAAUUGAGUAUUCUGGCACUAAUUCACCAAAACCAUCUGAUAACCAAUUUGAUCAAGCAUUACUGCCAAGUAUUGAUAGCCUGAUAAGCCAUAGUUAUGAAGAUGAAAAUAUUAAUCCAACCCCAGAUAGAUCUCAUAAAAAAGCGGAUUUAAAUAUUGAUUCUUCGGCAACUGAACUGAGAAAAAUAUUUUCAUUGUCAAAAAUUUUGAAAAACUCAGGUUCAAAUUCCCAUAACAAUUCUAAACCCAAUGCGGGUACAAAAAUAGAAAGUGAGACAGUAGAAUUAAGCAAACUUGAAAAGACAAUCAGUAGGUUGUCAAUUGAUAAACAUAGAAAUGGGCACCGCAGCGGUCAUUUUAGUUCAAUUAGAAGAGUUGCUUCAAGACACUUUGGAUCAUUAAGAUCAUCAAUUGGACCAUCUUCCUCUUCUUCACCAAACUCCAAAAAUGGACCUGUUAGUCCAAAUGAGAGGAAAUUCAAUCCAAACAAAAAAGCUUUACCAGAACUUCCAAACCACAAAAUUGGAAACAAUAAAUUGACCGCUAACAGUUUUGGAUCAGGCUUUAGAAAUGUAAUAUUACAAAGAAUUUGGUUGAUAAUAUCUAUCUUCUAUUUAAAAAUGAAUCAAUUUAAAGAAUGCGAAAGCUCUAUAAUUGAAGCUGAGAAUUUUUUCAAAUCCAAUGAUUUAACUAGGUCGUGUUAUGGAUAUUUAUUAUUAAACAUUAAUACAAAAGACAUUGGAAUAAUUUUAAAUAAUAGGUAUGAAAAUAAUUUCAACAAAAAAACUAUAAUUGACUUGAUUCAAAGUAGAAAAAAGAAUGCACUAAAUGAAUUUGAAAGUAUAUUAGACAGUAAUCAUGAGUAUUUCGAUGCGAUAAUUGGAAUCUGUCAAGUCAUUCUUGAAGAUACAGAUGAUUUAAUGUUAUCAAAAUUAAAUAACACUGAAGGAGCUAAUUUUUUGGAUGAUAACACUUCUGGAUUUGAUUUUGAGGCUAGAGACGAUGAUACUGAUGAUGAAUUAAAUAAUGAUAAUUAUUUGGGAAAAAAUAAUGAUAUUGACCUUCUUGAUUCAGAUAAUGACGAUGAAUGUUACGAUUUAUUGAAUACUCAGUUGAGUCGUGGUAGAACUAUUAGUUCAGAUACCACAACAGUUAGCUUGGAUUUGAAAGAAUUUCACAGAGUUUUUUCAUCAGCUCAAGAUAAAGCAGCGGCUGUCACUAGAAUAAAGGGUUUACUAGAAAUUUUUGUCAACGAUUACUAUUAUUUCAGCAAUGACAAAUUGUGGUAUUGUUUAUCAGAAAUUUAUAAAAAAGUCAAUGACAAUAGUCGGUUGGAGAAUGCCUUGUGGAAGACAAUUGAAAUUGAAGAAAACUACUUAAUCCGAGACUUGAGGUUUUUCGAAGAGAUGUUUUAAUUUUAAUUUUAUUUUACAUUUUGAUUUUCACUGAAG